AUGACUUCUCGGAUACAAGUUGAACGUAUGAUCCACAAAGAGGACUCUGGCGUAAGCUUUGGAGCUCACAUCUCCAAUGUCGAUCUGGAAAAAACAUCAGAAACCGACAUGGCCGUUCUCGCAGAAGCCUGUUACAAGUACCAGGUCCUGGUGCUGAAGAACCAAAAGCACCUGUCGCCACGAGCCCAUUAUGAGUUUACCGAACGUCUCAACUGGGCUGCGUCAAUGGGCCACGGCAAUAAGCAGAACCCCAAGAGAUUCCUCUUGAGCCCAGACCUCAACACUGUUCCCCAUCAGCCGCAGGUACAGAUCAUCGGCAACGGCUUCGUACCCGAGCAUCAAGGUGCGAAGAAUCUCAAGCUGCGAUAUCCACACCACCGCUCGUCACACUCCACCACCAUCGCUGACGAAGACGACGUGGGAUUCACCCGCUUCUACCGCUGGCACGUUGAUGCUGCUCUGUACGACGAUGCGCCUCCUGUUGCCACGACAAUUCUGGCCGUCACGCUGCCCAAGAGACGCAUGCAGACGGUGCGCUACGACGACGGCACAGGGGAUGAACUACCGGUUCCGCUCGGUACGAUUGCGUUUGCUAGCGGAGAGACGACGUACGACUUGCUGUCGGAAGAGGACAAGGCGUUUGUUCGAUCAACCAGGGUCGAGUAUGCCGCUCAUCCGUACAUCUGGAUGGGUCGAGCCAAGUCGCAUCCCACCGGUCUAGGCCUCGUCUCCGAGGGCAAAGAGCUGGAUGACGAUCAACUGCCGCCUGUUGAUCCAGCCUCGAUCCAGAUUCUGCCAAUGUGCUGGCGAAACCCCGUCACAAAACGUCUUGCGCUUCAGGUACAAGCAACUGUUGCACGGCGGCUGCAUCUCGCAAACGGCGAAGUGAUUGACGACUUGGAUCGAGUUCGUGGCAUCUUGUAUCGGCUGCAGAGACCUGGAAUUGCACCACGGUUAGUGUAUGCGCAUGACUGGGAAGAGGGAGACUUUGUCAUUUUCCACAAUCGCGGGCUUCAGCACUCGAUUGUCGGAUCGCUGGCAGAAGAUGAAGUGAGAAUUAUGAGGCAAUGUAUUAUCGCAGGAAGUGAGAUGCCUGAGGGGCCAGAGGAAGUUGUGUUGUAG